AUGGCAGCCACCUUCACACGCCAGCAGCAGCGCCUGCAACCACCGCGAGCUUUGCCGCAGCCACCACGUCGGAGCAGCUCCUUCGCACCACCAUCUCUGCACCUUGCGCCACCGCGAGUUCUUCUCCCACAGCCACAGACGAACCAUCCAGCGGUGCCACUCACGAUCAUCUUCUCCGUGGCGCCACCAGAUCCCGCAGUUCACCACCUGUUCUGCAGCACCGCGCCGUCUCCAUCUUCUCGCGCAGAACGCCACCGCGAGCACACCACCACUGCAGAACCACCACACCUCCAUCUUCUCGCCUCCGCAUCUACAGCAACAACGCGAACCAGCGCCGCCACUCCAUUUCCGCAGCCACCGCCGCAGAUCGAACGAGAUGAACGUUUCCACCUUGCGCCACCACGAACCUGCACUGCGGAUCAGCGUCACGGAGAAGAAGAAGAAGCAUGCCGCCAUUGCCCCGCUGCCGCCAACCUCGCCGACCACCACGCCGCUGCAGCAGUGCCGCCACUGUUCCGUCACGUCACCACCUUCACGCUGGAAAACGCAGGAGCAAAACCAGCGGCAGCAACAACCAGAAUAGCAACAACCUCCGCGCGCCACCACCAUCUUCUCGCCUCCGCGCCACUUCUUCCUCACGCAGUAGCCAUGGAAACUGCCACCGCGAAGCAAACUGGCGCGCCUCCAUUGCAGAUCUACGAACAGCAACAACAACCGCAGUUUCGCACACCACCAUCUUCCUCCCUCCAUUUGCGCCGCCGUUUCCGACAACCAUCGCAGCUCCGCGAACCAGAACACCACCACCACGAACCUGCAUCUGCGCGAACCUUCUCCGCAGCGCAUCCGCCAGCGCGUCCUCAUCGCUUAGCCAUGGCAGCCACCUUCACACGCCAGCAGCAGCGCCUGCAACCACCGCGAGCUUUGCCGCAGCCACCACGUUGGAGCAACUCCUUCGCACCACCAUCUCUACACCUUGAGCCACCGCGAGUUCUUCUCCCACAGCCACAGACGAACCAUCCAGCGGUGCCACUCACGAUCAUCUUCUCCGUGGCGCCACCAGAUCGCGCAGUUCACCACCUGUUCUGCAGCACCGCGCCGUCUCCAUCUUCUCGCGCAGAACGCCACCGCGAGCACACCACCACUGCAGAACCACCACACCUCCAUCUUCUCGCCUCCGCAUCUGCAGCAACAACGCGAACCAGUGCCGCCACUCCAUUUCCGCAGCCACCGUCGCAGAUCGAACGAGAUGAACGUUUCCACCUUGCGCCACCACGAACCUGCACUGCGGAGCAGCGUCGCCGGAGAAGAAGAAGAAGCGUGCCGCCAUUGCCGUCACGAGGGAGGGAGGAGAGUGUGAAAGUGAAACCCUAA